ACAGCAUUGUCUCUGGUGGUACUACAACCACACAAGCAGAUCCUCAUCUUUAUUACAUCUAUUUGAAGAACAGCCAGCAGCUCCUGAAGAAGAGCCAGUAUGGGUCGUGUGGCCUGGAUUUGUGUUCUCUUCAUGGCUUCAUCAGCUCUUGGUGUGGAGAUAAAGCCUUUAUCAGAUUCCAGCCUGAAUCAAUUAGUUCAUGAACAAAUCAAAAACCCUGAGACAGCAUCAGAGAAGAACUCAUGUACACCCAACUGUCCGUACGGCUGGGUGAAGUUUGAUGGACGUUGCUUUGCCUACUUUGGCAGUGAAAUGGACUGGGCAGGUGCUGAGGCUCACUGUAUUAAUCUGGGUGGUAAUCUGGUCUCAGUCCACAGUGAAAAUGAGUAUCAGAUGGUGAAGGCCCUCAUCCGCACUUACGACCCCAAAGAGAAAUCUUCAUGGAUCGGACUCUCCAACUGCCAGAAGAAGAACAGCUGGGUCUGGUCUGACGGGAGCAGGUAUGGGUACAGCAAGUGGAAUCCAAGAGAGCCCAAUCACAAAUUGGGAGAGUGCUGUGUGCACAUCAAUGACAGCUCUCAGAAGAACUGGAAUGAUAUCCCAUGUAAAAAUAAGUAUCCAUUUGUCUGCGUCAGGAGGCUGUGAAAUUCUAAGAAGCCAGUAAAAUAAUGUCCAUCUACAUUAAAAUAUAGCAAUAAAAUCUCUUAAUCAUUAAAAUUUUAAAAAUAAAAAAUAAAA